AUGGCAGACCCCGCGCAAUCGCAUGGGCGCGGACCCCAGAACUUCCCCUCGUCAAAUGUUCGCAGUCCGCUUUCCGCAGGCACCGGUAGUAGCGGAACUCCAAUCUCCUUCCAAACGAACGUGAAUCGCUCCAAAACGAAACGCUGGGUGGAAGCAAAACAGUAUUCCUACGAUGGAGGUGACUGGGGUGAUGAUGACGAUGAUGACGAUGAUGAAGAGGAGGAGCCUGCCGCCGUACCUCGGCCUUUCUAUGCCACCCAUCAUACGGGCAGUUCCUCCGAGUUGGUCUCGAGGCGUUUGUCUGCCCUUCCAUUUGGUGCCGAUGAGCAGGUUUCGGUCAAUAAGGGACGGAGUGUUAGUGGGGGAGAUCAGAAGCCUCUUGCCUUUGUGAGGCCAGCCGAUCUCUACAAACGCAUGCGCGAGGAAAAAGCAACACAUCAGUCUCCUAUCGCAGAUCCCAAAGAUCUUAAGCCUGACGGAGCUGGGACCCCAUCUCAGACAGAUCAACAAACCCCCUCCAUGGGUCUACCGGAAGUUGAGCGCAUGUCUAGCUUUGGAGCCGACUUCUUGGAUGGUGCAGACCCCAACAUCCCUAAGGAGACCUCUGCUCCCCAGGAUGCUUCUUUGCAUCACAAACCCUCGGCAGGAUUCAGAUCGGUAGUUCAUCAGGCUUUCGACGUUCCAGAAACUCCGCAAUCCACCACUACCAGUGUUGCGCGGUCGAAUAGCGACGGCACUUCGACGAUCAGCCCUAUCAUGGGUGGUCGCAGUAUGACUGAUGAAAGAACACCCACCAUUUUCGAAGAACCUAAUGAGUCGAGUCCGAAGGUAGGUGCGACUGCUGGGCCAAUGUUUAACCCAGGGCAUCGUCGCGACCUGAGCCUUCCAAAUUCGGACAACAGUCCGUCAAGGAAACCACAAGUUACAGACCAGGAUACCCCACCAGCGGAUUGCGCAGAACUGUCCUCCAUUCCCCCUCAGAAUCUCUUCCCAGAGUCGCCUGACGCAGGGAUCUCUCCUCAGAACUCAUCGAUGCAAUCAUACUCGAGCAGUGGGCAGGAUCUGCCUGCCCCUCUCAAAUUCGGAAGCACUUUAGGCCCUGACGGCUUCCCUGGCGAAAUCCCUACCAUCAGGGGGCCCGAGGAGUCGCCACAGCAUGCCGAUAAUGACCGUCUGAGGGAAGAAAUCAUUCGAUCGUUAAGCCGUGAAGCCACCCCUGCGGAGAACCCGGAGCAGAGUCAUCAACCCCAGUCACAGGCACCCACCGAGUCCAUCCCGCAUCAGUUUGAGAAAUAUUGGGAUGGUCAGACCGGACCUGGUCCGAAUGAACAACCUAAGGCUCUGGUCUCGGAGAGCCACCCAGACUGGUCCAGCCCGCAUCCUUUGGCGCCCAAGGAUCCUUAUUCGAAUAGUCCUAGUCUAACUGGGGACUCUUCUUCUAACAUCGUUGAUCAGCCAAAAAAGCCCAAGUUAGAAAGAAGGUUCUCUUGGGAGUCCUCUGACGAAGAAGAGCCAGCACCUCAAAAGCCUGGCAGCUAUGCAUCGCCCCUUCCUUUGGACGCAUCAUUAUCUAUGCAGGAGCCUGAGCCUAUCACUGAGGAGAUUGUCCCGUUGCCUUCGGAGGCAUUGCCUGAAUCAAUUACUUCUGAUAAUGAAGGUUCCGACACCCAGAAUGCCGUUCGAAAGCCUCGACUCUCGAUUGUUCCACCUCUUCCGGAAAAUAACACACCACCGGAACAAAUCAUGGGCCCAGGUACUGUCUCGCCAAAGCAACCUAAAGCCCCUCCUCACGUUGAACCCAUAUCCCUCGAUGAGUCUCAACUUCUGGGCUUCCGUGAUAUCCUCGGUAUCACGUCUGUCAACCAGAGGAUCAAGUCUUUCGAACAUACCCGCGAUCAGUUUGCUACUCUUGACACUGGACUGAAUAAUUGGCUGCAGUUCGUAGUUCAUGAGCACCCCGAACAUGCUGGCGUAGUUCAGCAGAGCCAGAGUCUUUCUCCCACUGUGCCAUCAUCACCUACCAGAAGCAGAUUCCCCAAGUUGGGAUCUCUUGGGAACCUCGGUUCUUCGAAUGACGGUACUCCAGCCGGCGCCAGUCAUGUGAGGCGACCGUCGACCCAUCUGGCCACUGUGAUGAACAGGGAGAAGGUCGGAGAGAAAGGAAAGGAGUUCCUUCACACUGCUGGAGCGUUUAGUGGCAAGGCGAGCGGAGCAGCCAAGGGGCUGUUUGCCAAGGGCAGAAGCAAGUUCCGUGCUAGUGGAGACAAGGGUCAAUCAGCUCCGAGUGCUUCUAGUGCUCCUCGCCACAGCAUACAGUUCUCUAUCCCAUCAGGAGCCGCUGGUAUGUCUGGUAACUCUUCUUCUAUGCGGAACUCGGUCAACUUGGGAAGCCUGCCUAUAUUCAAAUCCGGGCGAGCUGAAGCAAGUUCUGACCCUGAUCCUACGGGGGCCAGUCUCCGUCUAGAUGGCGCACGUGAAAACAAUCCCCAGAAUCGUAUCAAUGGAGUCAGCUCGAGGGAUUUCCUAUCGCGCAAGCGGGUUGGUGAAACUGGUGUACAACCGAAGGAGUUGCCAUCCCCUCCGGCUGUACCUCCUAAAACCCAAGUCGCCAGAAGCCCUGGAUUAGCUGGAGAUUUAGCGCAGGAAAUGAUAGCUGCGCUUGGUCUCUCACCUACAGAUCCUCGUCCUCAGAGGUCGGCAAGUACUCCCAUGAAGCUGAAUGGACCUGGUCAAGUCAAUGGUGGUAAAAGACAAUUCGCAGAGUCCUCAGAACAAUCGGGUGAACACACGACUGGCGAUCAACCUGCUUCGAAGCUGCCAGCGAGAAAAUCUUUAGUCGCAGAAAAGAGUUUGCCCGUCGUUCGUCAUGAGCCUUUUGAUGUCCCUUUGCCGAUACUGAACAGCCAAAGGCAUCAGCCAAGCAAGAAUAUACCGGAAAUUAUUACUCCGUCAAUCCGCCCGGUGUUAGAUGAAAGCACCAAGCCUCCUUCGCCUCCCCCGAAAGAUAAUAAUGGGCUUGCACCCGAUGAAGGUCAUAACCGCCAGCCUUCGGUCUCAACACUUGGAGCUGACGAGCAAACUGGACUUGGAUUUGAUGAUGACGCGGACAGGGAACCCCCUUCUCCUUUACAAGAGACCAUAAACGAGGUUGCAUCUGACAUUGAGCACACCGAGCACAAAAGCAAGGCUGAGCGUCCGAUGAAUGACAACCAUGCUCUGAGUGCCGACCCUUCCAGUGGCUCUCUUCCAUCUGUCCAACAGAAGAGAAAGUCUUUCAUGCCUUUCUAUCCGUCAGAAUCCCCGAGUUCUGCCGAGGUUCUCGAGUCAAAAAGGAGAUCAAUUAGUGGGCUGCCUCCGUCCGCUCCAAAUUUGCAUAGUCCCUUGAGGAACGAAGUCAGAAACGUACCAGGGACCCGAAGCAGUAUGCUUAGCUUUGGUAGCUUCAGCAAACACAGCAGUAAUAAGGGAUCUCGCCCGGUCACGCCUGCUAACGGUCUAUCGCAAGCUUCAGAAUCCGAGUCCCCAGCGCAAAUCGAGAAGUCUACCAUCAGAAAGAUCAAGAACUUUGGGAAACAACGACGGGCCUCAGUGGGGGAUCUAUUCUCCAAAGUUCAAGUGCAAGGAUCUCAGGAAGCACCUGCAAGGCAGCGGAAACGGUCGUUCAGCAGGUUUAGUAUACUAUUUGGCCGGCAAGACUCUCAGGAUCGCGAGAACAACUCGCCCGACCACACGAGGCCUACCUCAGAACCGCUGAACAGGACGCUGGCAACACCCCCAGCAACAGAUGGAAAUAGUACGAAAGCCAUUACCGCUGCACAAGUUGAACUACCAGCCCUUGACCAUCCGUUUGAACAACAGCCUUGGCCAAUUAGGCUUCCAGAGCCAACUGCACCUCCAUCACUGACACCGAGCUAUACAAGGAGUUCAUCGGCUCAUAUCCCUCAACAUGCUAGCAUAUCACAUCCGCCUAGUUCGUCCUUCAAUCACAUGGCGAUGGGAGGUCGGUUUUACUCGCAAUUUAGGUCCCCAUCUAUGAAUGAAACACCCACUGGGUCCCAUUACGGUGGUGCACUCAGUCUGCCUCUCCCAGGUCAUUCUCGAACACCAUCUCCUAUGUCAGUACACGAGAAUCGAGUUCCACAGCCACUAUCACCACUACAGGAAUUACAAGAUCAACAGAUACAUCAGUUACGGGAAGAUGAGCAGCAUAAGCAAGAAACCAAGCAAACCGAACUUCAAGAUCCGCAACUAGGUACGCUGAGCGAGAAUCAAGAACAGGAGGAGCAUGAAGAACUCAACGAUCGCGUUCUUGGAGAACACCUCCGACACGAGCUACCCGGGGAGCCAACCGAUACUCAAAAGAAUGAGCACGAUUAUGCUCAAGACCGAUACGAGGUGCCAGGUAGCAAAUCUCAACAAAGUCUCUCUCCCCAGCCCAACGUCGGAUCUCGAACGCCAGCGUCACCGGCCUCGGCUACCUCAUCUUCUGAGAACCAUACAAAUGCCAUUGCCGACUCCAAUAGCUCGGUGGUGUCCUCGCAUCCUCACCGCAGUGAAUCUAAGGCCUGUGUCGUCCACGACCCGCCCCGGCCGGCGGAACUUGCCAUCACCGCGGACAACUCCAGCGAGGAGAUUAUCAUGUCCCCCACAUCCUAUCCAGGACAGGAGUGGACGCCGAUCUGCUAUUAG